AUGCCCCCUCCUCCUCAGCAUGGCGUUGGACAGUCAAACGUCGACAAGUUCAAGAUGGGAAUGUUGAUGGGCGGCACGGUCGGCUGCAUCAUCGGCUUCAUCUUUGGAACCGUCAACAUCUUCAGAUAUGGCGCAGGGCCAAACGGCAUCAUGCGAACACUCGGCCAGUACAUGCUGGGUUCCGGCGCGACAUUCGGAUUCUUCAUGUCGAUCGGCAGUGUUAUUCGGUCGGAUUCGUCGCCCAUCAUUCAGGAGGCCUACCUCCGCGCGCAAAGACGCCCAAUCAUCAUGGCCUCCAGCGCAUUCCGUCCUUAUCAGCAACCCGUUCGCCGCAGCAACGACAACUAA